AUGGGCAAUUGGAUCUUGGCCAUCUCGCGCAAGUCAACGAACCAUGGCUCCUUUUCCAGGUUGAUCGUGCCAUACGCGCUACUGUUGGUGUCAUGGCUGGGUGUAGUAGAGUCGAUGCGACCCAGUCGCAUCGCCGAUUUAAGACAAGACACGGUAGAUAUGUUCUACCACGGCUUCGAUAACUAUAUGAAGAUUGCGUUUCCCGAAGAUGAGUUACGGCCCGUGUCUUGUACUCCAUUAACUCGAGAUCCCCUCAAUCCGAGAAACAUUGCGCUUAAUGACGUCCUCGGGAAUUAUUCCUUGACCCUUAUCGACAGUCUCUCGUCCCUAGCUAUCCUUGCCUCCGCGCCCCCCGAUAGUCAAAAUACCGGACCCAAAGCCCUUAGCGAAUUCCGAGACGGUGUUGCCGCGUUGGUUGCACAAUACGGAGACGGACGGUCCGGUCCCUCGGGCCAAGGUGCCCGCGGUCGAGGUUUUGAUGUUGAUAGUAAAGUUCAAGUCUUUGAAACCGUAAUAAGGGGUGUUGGUGGAUUGUUAAGUGCCCACCUAUUUGCCGUCGGAGAUCUGCCUAUUGCUGGUUAUGAACCCCGGAGGAUAGUUGACGAUGAUGAUGACAUCGAAGAACAUCCUAUACCCUGGCCAAAUGGUUUCAAAUAUAACGGGCAAUUGUUGCGGCUUGCCCUCGAUCUUGCCCAGCGCUUGCUCCCGGCAUUCUAUACUCAAACCGGGUUACCCUAUCCACGUGUUAAUCUCCGUCACGGAAUACCGUUCUACUUGAACUCGCCGCUUCACACUAAAUCCAACCUAGACCCGAAGCCCCCCGAGGACCCUGAAAUCACGGAAACGUGUAGCGCCGGGGCAGGUAGUUUGGUGCUCGAGUUCACCGUACUGAGUCGUCUUACUGGAGACCCAAGGUUUGAGCAAGCAGCCAAGAGGGCUUUCUGGGCCGUCUGGUCAAGGAGAAGCAAUAUUGGCCUUAUUGGGGCUGGUGUGGAUGCUGAAGGAGGACAUUGGAUCGGGGGUUUCUCUGGUAUCGGCGCAGGAAUUGACAGCUUCUUCGAAUAUGCUUUGAAGACUCAUAUCCUGUUGUCAGGCCAUGAGCUGCCUAACCGAACAAUGCCUCUUACUCCCGAUGAAGAUGGGCUCGACCCAAAUCAAAUCUACCGUCCGCUCUCAGACGAAGAUAACUCUCCUGACUCUUUCCUACAAGCCUGGCAUCAUGCUCAUGCUGCCAUUAAGCGACACCUUUACUCUGGUCUCCAUCACCCACAUUAUGUAAAUGCGCAUAUGUCUACUGGAUCUCCACAGGCGUACUGGAUCGAUAGUCUAGGUGCCUAUUACUCUGGUUUGUUGGCCCUGGCUGGAGAACUUGAUGAAGCCAUCGAGACCCAUUUAGUUUACUCGGCUCUUUGGACGCGGUAUUCCGCUCUUCCUGAGCGAUGGUCUGUCCGUGAUGGCAACGUCGAGGGUGGUCUUGGGUGGUGGCCUGGCCGGCCGGAGUUCAUCGAAUCUACCUAUCACCUGUACCGCGCCACUCGGGACCCUUGGUAUCUAUAUGUAGGUGAAAUGGUACUAAGAGAUAUCAAGAGGCGAUGCUGGACAAAAUGCGGUUGGUCUGGUUUGCAGGAUGUACGCACCGGAGAGAAGAGCGACCGAAUGGAGAGUUUCUUCCUCGGAGAGACCGCCAAAUACUUGUAUCUGCUAUUCGACCCAGAUCACCCAUUGAACCAGCUUGAUGCUUCUUACGUAUUUACUACGGAAGGACAUCCACUGAUUAUCCCUCGAAAGAAAACUCGCCGUUCAGUGCCUAAACAAACAACAGAAAAGGCCAUCCAGCCUUACUUCAAUGCUCAUUUCACAAAUACAUGUCCGCGCCCACCUAUUCUCCCUCCAAUAUCUGGCUCCGCUGCUGCUGCAAGGCCGGACCUUUACAAUGCGGCCACUCUAAUUCGACUCCAUCAAAUCCCCAAUAUUCAUAGCACUCUAGAAGACCCGAUCGCGAAGCUGGGCGGAUCUGAAGGACAGACAAAACCUUCAGAAAACCCGAGAGAAAAUUAUACAUACUUUCCCUGGACCUUACCUCCUUAUAUGCUUCCGACGGACGGGAUUUGUGCCGUAACUAGGCAGGCUCAAACCUCGGUCAUCGAAUUCCCGUCCAAUGCCCAACAAUCCGUCGGUAGUGCGUUCAAUAUUAUGUUCGGCGGACAUAACCUCGUCCGCAUGGGAAGUGAAGGUAUUAUGAUCAAUAGUCUUUCUGGUCUGAAGCUAGCCCUCCUCAUGGAAGAACCGCCGGAGACGUCUGAACGAGCCUGGAGAGUCUAUAGUAUUGGCAAUCUACCACUAGGCCGUGACGAAAAAGUCUUCAUUUCCCGCGAUGUCCUCGAGGAUAUGUCCGACCCCCUCUUCCACCGCGUCCGCGACUCCGUCAUUGUCGAUCUUCUCGUACAGACCGAGAUUCCUCAAGAACCACCCCAGCAACACCAUAACUCUACGUCCGACGAACCGGAAACUCCAUUCGAAGCCCAGGCUAUUGAACUAGACGCCGACGUUGGCAGCACUAACUUAUUCUCCUCAUUCCUACAGCAAAUCACAUCCGCCCUCCGCGAACCCGCCACGACUUCAUUCGGCUCCAACCAACAAUCCGACGAGUUAUCUGACAGACAUCCUAAGUUCCGCUACAUCGAACUGCCUGCUAUAACACCCGUAGGUGUGGGCGCCGCGUCUCUACCGGAUGUCCGCGAAGCCCCAAAUCCGAAUAUUGCAGCUACACAGCUGGACGCGCAGCUCGCGCUGUCAUGGCAGAAGGUCUUCUUCGCGGGACAGGCUUGUGAUGGUAAAUUACCCGAUGCAGCGGCGCGACAGCAUCAAGUUGUUGUUAUGAGGAGAGGUGGGUGCUCGUUCUCGGAGAAAUUAGCGAAUAUUCCGUCGUUUGCGCCCGGAAAGGGUUCAUUACAGGUAGUUGUUGUGGUUUCGGAUGAUGAGGACGAUGGUACAGGAAACGAGGAUGAAGACGAAGAUGAGGUCGGAGGUGAGAGCAGGACUGGUAGAAGAGGUGGAAGGGAAAGCGACAGUGCGCUGAAAUUUAUACGCCCGCUUUUAGAUGAACCGCAGACUACGCCGUCGGGCAUACUAAGGCAUAGACCUAUUGCUAUGCUUAUGACUGGUGGUGGGAGUGAAGCGUAUGAAUUGCUCAAGACGGCGAAGAGUGUGGGCAUGAGGAGGAGGUACCAUGUCGAAAGCCAAGGGUUGAGGAUUGGGAAUUUAGUUGUGCUGUGA